UGCCAAAAUAUGGACAUAAUUGUCAUUUACACUGUUCAAUCGCCAAAUAAGUAUACACACCAAGCAUGGGACAUGUUACUAUCUCAACACCAUACAAGUUGAAGGGGCGAUAAUUUUUCCAAUCGUGCUAAUGACAUAUAAUGAUUGACACAAUCAAUUUUUCCAUCAAAUCAUCUAAGAUCACGUAGUACACAUCCGUUUCAUUUUUCUUCCGUUAAUCCUAAUUUUUCAGUGUGAACCCAUUCAUUUUUCAAUAAAGCCAGUCAAACAGGGGAGGCUUUGUUGGGAAAAAAAUGGUUGGUAUUUUUACUUUUCUUUUUUUUUUUUCGAAGUAUUCUUUUUGGGCCUAAGCCCCUCCUUGGACAACGUGGUUGUCACACAAACACAGCCAGCAUUGUUGUUGUUUUUUCUUCGUCGCUCAGAGAGCGUACAAUAAUUGCGUGUCUAGCAAGAUUAGUCAGACACACUUACAUAAUUUUUUCAUUUCCCCAUGCUCGCUGCUCAGCUCUCUCCAAUAAUGCUCCUCUCCACCACCACCACCACCACCACCACCACCGUCGGCAGAGCCCAACCAGAGCCCCUUCACGAGCCACCGCGUUUCAGCGAAGAUAUAGAUGUAGAAAGCACUUGUUCUACCCCUUUCGUAAGUGCACCUUCCAGUCCUAGCUAUGGCCCUUCUGGUUAUUUCUUCAGUGCCCCAGUUAGUCCAAUGCACUUCCUGUUAUCCAGAGAGAAAAAUAAACCUUCUGACCAUGAACCCGUUUUAUUGUCGUCGGAUUCGAGUGAGUUUGAGUUUGAGUUUUCGUCUCGGUUUUCGCCAGAUGGAUCGGGUGGGUUAAGCUCCAUGAUUUCAGCUGAUGAGUUAUUUAUAAAUGGUCAGAUCCGACCCAUGAAACUGUUCACCCAUGGAGAAGAAGACCAAGAUGAAGAAGGUUGCACAAGAGGCAGGGAUCUGAAAAUGCGCAGUAAUAAAUACGCUCACCGUAAAGCCAGAUCCAUGUCGCCAUUAAGAACCGCGCAGUACGAAUUGCAGAGAGUGAGAAGUGUUCCUACAAAUCAAGAUCGAGAGAAUGAUUUGAAAGAAAGUGAAGGUGAAUUAGUGCUCUCGAGUGAAACGACGCCGUCAGAUUCAGCAUCGUCGUCAAGGUCCUCAUCAUCCGGGAGGAACUCAAAGAAAUGGAUAUUUUUGAAGGAACUAUUGCACCGUAGUAAAAGUGAAGGUAGGGCCAAUAACAAGGAGAGAUUCUGGUCGUCUAUUUCAUUUUCUCCAGCCAAGGAGAAAAACAACCUGCCGUCGCCGGACAAUAAUAAAGAAGAAAAUUUAGUGGACACCCAGCGGCAGAAAAUGCAGCGCAAGAACCGGAGAUCCCACAACUCCAUAAUCCCGACUCCUGUCUCUCUCACAGAGAAAAGAUACUGCUACUCUUUUGUGCACCGUCAUAAUUUCUGA